CUCCAUGCACUUCUUUCUGGAGCAGACAGCCUGAAGAUGAGUGCUUGGACUCCAGGAGACAAGUAGGUGAAACAGAAGCUAUGGCCACAAAAGACCCCAAAGCAGAUGACUUUCUGCUCAAAGAAAAAAGGGGUCCAGACCUCCAAGAGAUGCUGACAGAAGUAGGACUGUCUGUUGAAUACUGGUUGCCGAAGCUCCAGGAACACCUCGGUGUGACCCAUGCCCAGGCCUUACAACACAUAGACAGAAAGGAACUCCAGAAGCUGAAAUUGCAGGUGCAGCAUCCAUGGGAGAAAAGGGCCCUGGAGAAGGUGAUUGACUGGGCACGAUCAAACAGUACAUCCGUCUUGGAAAAUUCACCAGUGCAGAUGAUAAAGAAAAGGCAGAUGCAGGCAGAACAGAAGCUGCAGGAGCUGAGGGAUUUGCUGUCAGCAGGAAAACACAGACAAGAAGAGUCAAUGAGGAGAAAAGAAGCAGAACUCAGGAAAGAAAUGGAGAUCCCUGAAGAGUAUUGGCCACCACCUGAACAGCCACUAAGCCAAGUUAUGGAAAGCAUACAAAAACAACUCAAUCUCACCACGCAGACACUGUCCCACAGGCAAAACCUCCCAGACAGAGAUCUGGUAAGAAGGGCAUCUGGAGGGCUGGCCCUGCAGGGAAUAUACAAAACCAGUCACCAGACAGACCUAAUGCAGAAGAGAGAAGAACUACUCAGUGUCCCUGAGGAAUUCAUUCUUCAUGGCCCAGAACAAGGCACACAGAUGGAAUCUAGAGAAUUUACAUCUUCUCAAACAGAAUCCAUGUUCACUAAGAUUGUAGAGACCUUGGGUUUCAGUGUAGCUGCCUCAAGCAAGGGUGAAGGUUGGGGAUUUAGUUUAGAAGCUGGUGUGAAUCAAAGCACACAUUCAGAAUCCAAGGACACUCAACAGUCAUGGUCUAAGAGAAAUUACUUCUGCUCAAUGAAGUUCAGCUACAUUCCCUUGGCCUCCUGCCACUUUCCAAUGGAUCAACUCCAGCUUUCUAAGGCUGCUUUCCAGGAGCUGAAAACCAUUGAAAAACUCCUGAAUGAGACUUCAGAUUCAGACAGACUGCCAUUACUGAGGCAGAGAACUGAAAACUUCUUCCUCAGAUUUGGCUCCCAUGCUAACCAAGGCCCCCUGCACCUGGGAGGAAUCUACUGGUGGAAGGCCACUGCAGAGGGUUUCCAGAGUCACCAGCUGAAUGAGGUGAAGACCCAGGCAGCAGAGGCCCUGGAUGCUUACAUAAGGGGCAGCUAUAAUGGCUUUGGAGUGCAAGUUACUGCAGGAAUAGAGACUUCACACUCACAUUCAAAAGCAAUCACUCAGAGGAAAAGUCUGCAAAACCUCCAAACCACAGUCCAGUUAUCAGUGUCCCAGAGUGGGGGCCCAGCAGAAGCAGAUGGACUUCAGCAGUGGAAAGCUGGCCUUGUUGCCAGCAACCAGACCUGGCAUGUCAUUGACCGAGGGCUUCAGUUGGUGCCCAUUUGGGACAUCAUCCUCUCCAACCACACAAGUGAUUUUAAGGAUCCUCUUCAAUUGGCUUCCUGCUUGAAAGACAGUUACAUAGCUCUGACUGGCCUCGCUGCCCAAAUCCAGGGUGGAGAGGAAAUACUGAGUGCUGGAAAGGAAGUCAGGGAAUUCCUAGAGGAGGUGAAAUCCUGGGAGGUAUCUGAUCCUGAGAAACAGCUUAAACAACUGAUGGAUUUCAUGCAAAUGUUGAGUCAUAAAAUGAAAGGAUAUGAUACUUGGAUUAAGUUAUGCCUCACUGACCCAGAUUUGCAGAAUUUUCUGGUAAAUACAUUCGACUUUUGCAAAAAGUCACCCACAUAUAAUACUAAAUUUAUUAAAUCUCAGUUCCAGAGUCUUCUGGAUCCUCACAUCUACAAAAUAAACUUUCCUCACACUCAUUCCAUCAUGCAGUGGAUCUACCAGGCAGAGGCAGAGACAGAGCCAGAGCGUGUGAGCAUCUCCCAAUUCUCUCAACUCAUCAAAAUCUUAAAGGAAAUUAAAAAACACCUCAUGGAAGUGAAUGUCAAAUCUGAUUCCAUGGAAACAGUGGAAGAAGCUCAAAGAAAGGCCACGUAUGAGGUCAGCCUGGCUCUCAGCGACUUUUUAAAUUUCCUCCAAAGAACAAAGCAAACAGACAAAUACGUCUUGCUUUUGUCUAUUGCAGUUGGGGGAGGUUACCAAUUCAAAAAUGGCAUUUUUCAUCAUCUGCUCACAUGUGAUGAGUUAAACUUCCUAUUGGAGGAAAUGCCCAUAGCCCUAAGUAAAUACCAGGAGCUCCAAAAUGGUAGCAACCACAAGGCUCAGGCAUUCUUGUUGCUCACAGGUCUGAACACCACCACGGGAUGCACAGCUGUUUCCCCAGAAGAAAAGAUGCAAAGAUUAGCCUUAAUGAGACAACAACUGGGACAAACAUUGACUAAUGAAGUUGCACAUAUCCUUAGUAGACAUGGCGAAGUGCACACUUGGGUAACCCUUGAACAAAAUUUGAGAUCUCUGAUUGAUGGAAAUUAUGAAAACAUGAAGCCUUCAUGGCAAAUAGAUGAGGCCAAGCCAUUUUCUGAAACACUGGUUUAUAAAGACAAACAUGCUGAUAUACUACAUACAAAAGAAAAUAAGAAUGAGGAUAUAAUGAAAAAUGAAGCUUUUCUAGAUUUGCUAAAGCGUCUAGGCCUAGAGAAUUACUACCCAAAAAUGAUGAGCAGAGCUAACUUCCAUCUCAUCUACAAGAACUCUGUAUAUAACACCCAGCCCAAAUCAGAACAGGAACUUCCCUUCUAUUUCCUGCAGAAGCUACUGGUACUAGACUGUGGUCUCAGAUACCUGGAUUUCAAAAAUGAAACAAUCUUAGAAUAUUCAGUCAAUACAAGUACUUCCACUCAGGAAAAUGAGGAUUUGGAUCCCUAUGAAGGUUUCUUUGAAGAUAAUGAUAGUGUUCCUAAACCAAUGACCACUAGAAAUAAGCCAAACAUUCACCCAAUGGAUAUCCAAAUGGCUAUUUAUCACUGUGCAGAUAAUCUAGCCAGACAAUAUAUUUUAGCCAAACUGUCCAUUUGUCAGUUUGCUCUCCCCCUUGUUGUGCCUAAUCCUUGCACUUCUGAAAUUGAGUUCUCUCUCUGGUCUCUCAGAAAAAUUAGGAAAAGCUGGCAAACAACAAGGAAAUCACAAGGGAAAAAGAAUAGCUACAAGAACCAGCAGAUGUGUCAGGUCUCUACCUCCAUCGUGUCCUUCAUUAGAGUUGGAAAUAGCCUCUCUGCCUCCAAAUCUCAGAUCAUGAACUGUCUUCUCAGUAAACGCAAACAUGAUGUGUUUUUUCACAGACACUGCAGAGCCAGCAGCAAAGACUGUCUCCUGAUGGGGGGUGUGGUGGAAAUCUGCUGGUUCUGUCCUGGGGGGGAGGAAGAGGACACAUUUGACAACUGUGUGGCCUUCACUAAUCUUCAUGGAGAUGCAAAGGAACAUAAGAGGCAGCUUGCCUUCCUUCAGGAGAUCUCUUCUCUCAUUGUGGUCCUCAUGUCAGUGUCUGAUGACAAUAAAGAAAAUCAACAAAUGGUGCGUGAUCUGUGGCAGUCAACAAAACCUUUAAUUUUUUUAUUGGAUGACAAAGAGAAAACCAUGGCAAACAAAUCUGAGAGAAGAGCGAAAAUUGGCAUUAGGAAUAGAAAUGAGGCAGAAUUAACAGAGGAGCUCAAAAUGACCAUCAGACAUUUUCUAGAGAUCUCUGACACCGCUCUUACUUUAGAAGACUGUUCUUUGAUUGCUCACAAAGAAGGAUUUCUUCUGGAUGAAAAACAGAAAGACUGCAAAGAAGCCAAGGAAAAGGCACAGGUUAUCAUGGCGCUCCUGGGAGAAACAAACUUAUCUCAGAUAAAAGAAAACUUUCUUCCUCUUCAGGGACAGCUGUGGCAGCUUUGGUGUAAGAAGGACAAAGAACUCUAUCAACUGAGAGAAAAGGGAAAUAAGAGCAUUGAGCACCACAAAAUUGAGAUUGAGACUGAAAAACAAAGUAUUCGCAAGAAGCAGUUGGAGAAAGCAACUAAUCUUAAUGAUGUAAUGCGGUCUGUCCUCCAAAUUCUCCAACAUUCAGAAAUUCACACAAAACUCUGCUUCUUACAGUGGCUGGGUUUGUUUUUAGAAAACCUCACUGCAGCACAUUUGGAAAAAUUGCACGAGCACCAAAGAUAUUUGUGGUCACAGAUAAAAACAGAAAACCAAAAGGCAAAAAAGAACAACUCCCUGAAACUGUGUGAAAAUCAGAUAGAAGCCAUCUCCAAAGAAAUUCAAGACUGUACCUUGGGAAUUGAGCAAAUUCUCAGAGAAAUCGGCCAGCUCUAUGAAGCCCUGGAAGAAACUUCUUACACAAGAGGGAAUCUUUUAAUCUACCUUCCCCAAAUUGCUGCAGACCUGAUGCUAUCUGGAGUUCCCAUUGAGCUGAUGGAUGGGGAUGCCUCCUAUGUGCCUCUCAAGUGGGUGUCAGCUGUGUUUGACAAGGUCUCUGAGAAACUUGGAGACAAACGGAUCUUCAUUCUCUCUGUCCUUGGUCUGCAGAGCUCAGGGAAGUCCACCUUGCUCAAUGCCCUUUUUGGCCUGCAGUUCACUGUCAGUGCCGGCAGGUGCACCAGGGGCGUCUACAUGCAGCUCCUCAAGGUGAAGGAGACAUUCACAAAAGAACUUGGCUUUGACUUUCUGCUGGUUGUAGACACAGAAGGACUUCGGGCCCCAGAACUCAAUAACAAAUCUCAGAAAUGGGACAAUGAGCUGGCCACCUUUGUCAUUGGGCUUGGAAACUUGACUAUCAUCAAUAUUUUUGGAGAAAACCCAUCAGAGAUGCAGGAUAUACUACAGAUAGCUGUCCAAGCCUUUCUGAGGAUGAAGCAAGUCAAAAUCUCCCCAAGUUGUCUCUUUGUCCACCAGAAUGUGGGAGAAGUGGCAGCUGAAGACCAAACUAUGGAAGGAAGGCGGCGCCUAGAGCAGAAGCUAGAUGAAAUGACAGCACUAGCCGCUGAACAAGAAGAGUGCUCACAUAUCACCCGCUUCAGUGAUGUCAUCAAGUUUGAUGCUCAGACUCACAUUUACUACUUUGCUCACCUCUGGGAUGGCAAUCCCCCAAUGGCCCCUCCCAAUCCUCGCUACAGCCACAAUGUCCAAGAACUGAAACAGAAAAUUCUUUCCACUGCAAAACAGGAAGUCAAGGGAAGCAUCCUGAAGAUAUCACAUGUGAAAUCCCAAGUUCAAGAUCUGUGGAGAGCCCUGGUGAGUGAAAACUUCAUUUUCAACUUCAAGAACACCCGGGAGAUCAUGGCCAUGGGCAAACUGGAAACCAUGUACAACCAGUGGAGCUGGCUUCUACGGAGCAAUCAGCUGGAACUGCAGAACAGGCUGACCAAUGAGGUUAAAAAUGGAAAACUGCUGACGCUCCACACAAGCAUAAUUGCGGGUCCCAUUACAAAGGAAUAUGAAAGUAUCAAGCAAGCAUUUCAAAAAUAUUUUGCCGAAGAUCCAGAUAGCGAAAUAAUAAUUCAAUGGAAAGCAAAUUUUGAAAAUAAGUUAGUAAUCCUCAAAGACACACUUGUUUCAGACACUAGAAGAGAAAUCAAUGAGCUUAUUGCCCUUAAGAAAAGUCAAGAAAGACUAGAUCAGAAAAAAAUAGGUUAUGAAACUGAAUUAUUAAAGAGGAGUCAAGAGUUAGCUUUAACUCUAAAGUGUAAAGAAUUGAGUGAGGAAGAUUUGCAUGAUAUAUUCAACCAAGUUUGGAAAAACUGGGUCUGUGAUGUAUUAUCUAAUCUCCCUGAAGUCACAGAGCCUAACAUUGAAGUGGACUGUGAAAACAUCCUUUUGGACCAUUUCAAAAGCGAUAAACAUAUUAGGGAAAACCUAAACAGAUAUACUGGAACAAUAUUUGAGAUAAAUUUUGACAAACAUGUCCAAGUGAAGAAAAAAAUGUAUGUUUGGUCAAAGAGUUUAGAGGCUUGUGACAAAGAAUCCGUUCAUGUGACUACAAAACGAAUUUUUUCAAGAUUUCAGGAAGUUGUGAAUAACAUUGAGAGGCAAAAGCGUGAUUACAAUCGCAAUGAUUAUCAUGAAAUCCUGAGAUUAAUAGAAGAAGAAGUGAAAUCUGACCCCAAUGAGAAAACAUAUACAUUUACAAGCAAGUACAUCACUGACUUAUCUUUGCAUUUAUUCCAUAGAGCAGCAGAGAUUUUUAAGGAAAGGCACAGGGCAUUCAAGGCAGCAAAUGAUCCUGUGAACUACCUAGAAAGCAAGAAAGAAGAAUUCUUCCUGAGUUUCAAGAUCUCCUGCCAAGGAGCCACCUCCAUCACAACAUUUGUUGAUUUUCUGUGGCAGAAGCUCACUCCUGCUAUAUCCAACACCAUAUGGGGGAAAAUGCCCCCCAAAAUAGCCGAGUACCUGCGAUCUACCUGCCCUGCAUUCAAUGGAAAUAGGGCAAACCUGGAGAAGCACAUUCUCAUCUCUCUGGCAGAAGAAGAAAACUUUGAUAAGUAUUGGCAAUAUAUUCAUGAUCCAAAAUCGUUUUUUAGCAGCUACAUUGGAAACCAUAUUAAACAAUACUGUUUAAAUGAAGGAGUGUCAAAAAUAAAAACAUUUUUUUCAAUAAGUUUAGGUGACAUGAAGACUGCCAUCCUCACUGCCAUUCAUGAGUCCACAGCAAUAGCUAAAGAUAAAGGCAGCACUGCAUCUGAGUGGUUGGAUUUGUUCUGUAAUCACCUGGGGAGCAAUCUGAUCUUUCCACGAAGAGAUUUGGUAAAUAUUGAACACCAGGAGAUAAAAGAUACUGAGUUUCUCAAAGAAGCCAUGAGUAAAGAUUUGGAUCCAACAAUGAAGAAAAUAGAAGAGCAAUUCUCAGGUCUGCCUAUAGAUAAGCUGGUUCCUGAAGUUGAGAAAAUCCUCUCUGGACAUCUCUGUGGCUGCUGGAAACAAUGUCCCGUAUGUAAAGCAAUUUGUACUAACACAAUCCCUAAUCAUGACGGCGACCACAGGGUUCCCUUCCACCGUCCUCAGGGUGUCAUUGGUAUAAAGUGGUAUCAAACAGACCACUUUGUCAUAGAUUGCUGUUCCAGUUUAGUAGCCAGUGAUUGUCAGCUUGUUUUGAGAGAUGACUGGAAAAUCCCCUACAAAAACUAUCGGCAAGCAGGAGGAGAUUUUGCCACCUGGAGCAUCACCCCAGAUUCUUCUACCCAGCCAUACUGGAAAUGGUUUGUAUCACACUUCAGGUCAAAGCUAGGAGAAAAAUAUAGACUCAGAUUUAUAAAGAGAGGUGAAAUUCCCAAGGAAUGGAUGCAAAUCACAAAACAGUAUGUGCUUAAUAACUUGAAAAUAUAGCACUAUUAUAUGACAACGAAAGGAUCCCCAUAUCUCAGAAAUAAAAAGUUGGAGUACCUAAAUUAUCCUACAUUACUUCUUCUUUACAAGAACCUUCAAUAUUUUCUUAAUUAAAAUUCAGCAUGAAAAAAUGAAUUUUCCUUAGAAGGACUUAAUUUCUCUCUGCUUUGAUUCCUUCUUAUUGGUGCACCUUUCUUUCACACAUGGAAGUGAGAUCUAAAUAAUAAAGAUAUAU